CUGUUGGCCUCGCUUGAGAACAGUUGAUCUCUGUCGAUCUCUGAGUUCAAACACAGCCCAUACUAGAUGCACAAUAUCACAUAUACAUAUAAGUACGUAAUGUUAGUUAAAUAAAUACAGAAUAUUAUAUUAAAUAUAAUACAUUAAAGACAGUGCGGGUACGAUUUAACCGACAAGACUGCUAUUAAAUUACUAGUAAGUUCAGAGUUUAAUUUUGCCUGUAAGAAACUUAAUAAUUGUUCGGUAAUUGAUCAUCGGUAAUUAUAGUUGGUGUUAAAGUUCAAGUAAACAUUGAGUACUGCAAUUGUUAAAAGUAAAUGCGGAGAAUAAUCCAGUAGUCUGUUUGUGGCCAUAAAGAUGAUGAAGAUUAAAGAGCCAUGAAUAAAAAUCAAUCAAGGAUGAUGCAUGUGAACGGGCACAAUCAAAACUCAUCUCAGGAAAUGGAUGAGAUGUUGGAAUGCGAGACAGGAUCUCUCCUUGGGAGAGUAGCAGACCUCGAGAGACAGUCCUUGGCACAAAGGGACGAGAUUGUUUGUCUUCGUGCGACUUUAGCGGACGCACUAAGACGCAUUGCGCAGCUGGAAAAUCGCGACAAAAGAGAUGACGAGAAACACGAAAGGAAGAAUGAUAGAUUGUUGUCAUCACCGCUGAGAAAUGGUCACAUAUCUAUGAGGACAACCCAAAAUUCGGCUCAAAAGGAUGUGGUCAGAAACAGACAGACUAAUUCACCGUGCCUAAAAAAUUCAUCGUCUUCUGGAUCAAGUCAGGAUGUUAGAGAUUCUAAUGUUAAUUCUAGGAGGCCUGUUAGUUAUACUGCACCUUCACAAUUACCACAAAGGCGUUCAGUACACUAUCAGUCAACAAAUUCAUUGCACUCAGAUAGUCCUAGUAGCAGUAGUGUUUCUCCUGUGCCAUCACCAAGUCCUCGGGCAACUCCACUCCCAACUGCCAGCAGAUCUCCAACAACAAGAUUAUCAAAUGGACCACCUCAAAGCAGUCUGAGGCGCGCAAAACGUUGGUCAUCAACUGGAGACUUUAUUCACUCGCCUCAGUCGCCAAACAACUCUCAAUUAACAAGCUCCAGAUUAUCAACGUCGACCAAGUCACUGUUCAACCUGUUCAAGCCUCCAGUCCUGAACAACGUCAAGCAUGGUACCAGAGAUAUGCAGUACAACGAGUCAGAAGGUACAGUGCGUAUGUACUUACGUGGUCGACCGAUAGUCCUCCACGUUCCUACGUCCUUCAUAGAUACCUACGACCCACAUAAAGUAAACACGCCGCCUCAGAGCAAAUUGAAGCUAGACUGGGUGUAUGGAUACCGAGGAAAGGAUUGCCGUAGCAAUUUGCAUCUGUUGCCUACUGGAGAAAUCGUCUACUUUGUCGCAUCAGUGGUCGUCCUCUACAACAUGGAAGAGCACUGUCAAAGGCACUACUUGGGACACACUGACGAUGUUAAGUGUAUCGCCAUUCAUCCCAAUAAAUUAGUUAUCGCAACAGGUCAAGUUGCUGGACAUGACAAGCGAGAUGCUAUGCCUCACAUAAGAAUAUGGAAUGCCGUGAGCCUGGCAACGCUGACUGUAAUCGGUAUUGGUGAGUUCGACGGAUCGAUUUGCUGUCUGUCAUUCUCUAAAGCAGACGGCGGCAGUUAUCUUUGUGCAAUAGACGAGACUUCUGAUCAUAAUAUUUCAAUCUGGGAUUGGCAGAAGGGAGAACGUGGUACCAAAGUUACCGAGACCAAGUGCUCGGUAGACACGGUCGUGUGCGCAGACUGGCAUCCGUUGGAACGCAACCAGAUAGUAUCCUGUGGCAAAGGACACGUAUCAUUUUGGUCGCUUGACAAUGGUGGUAUGCUUUAUAAACGCAUGGGCGUUUUUGAAGCCAGAGAGAAACCAAGAUACGUAACAUGUCUGGCGUUUAAUCAAAAUGGUGAUGUCCUAACUGGUGAUAGCAAUGGAAAUGUUAUUGUUUGGGCAAGAGGAACGAAUACGAUUGCAAAUUUAGUAAAAAAUUUGCACGAAGGAUCAAUAUUCUCAAUUUGUGUAUUAAAAAGUGGAAAUAUUGUCACCGGAGGAGGAAAAGACGGUCGUAUCCUAUACUUGGACAACUCCCUGCAGCAAACUGGCGAGGGAGCUCAAAUAGAAGACCAUUUCGGAGGAAUAAGAACUCUGUCAGAAGGCAGAGGGUCGCAGUUGCUGAUUGGAACCACGAGAAAUUGCAUUUUAGUCGGAGACACCGAGAUUGGAUUUUGUCCAGCAAUGCUGGGUCACACAGAAGAAGUUUGGGGUCUGGCUGCCCACCCCACGCUACCUCAGUUCGCAACUGCUGGCCACGACAGACUUCUUCAGAUGUGGGACAGCUUGAGUCACUCCGUGGUGUGGAGCAAAGACAUUGGCGAGCAAGCUCAGAGCGUUUGCUUCUCACCUGACGGCAGUGUCAUGGUAGUCGGAUGUGUAUCGGGAAAAUGGCUGGUGAUUGAUAGCGAGUCCAGGGAAUUUUAUACUCAUCACAAUGAUGGAACUGAAGCCCUUCAAGUUGCUAAAUAUUCACCCGACGGUAUGCUUCUGGCUAUCGGGUCAAGGGAUAAUUGCAUUUAUAUUUAUCAAAUUAAUGAGACUGCUCAGAAGUAUAGCAGAGUUGGUAGAUGUAUGGGGCAUUCGAGUUUUAUAACUCAUCUAGAUUGGUCAGUAGACAGCCAAUACCUUCGAAGUAACAGCGGAGAUUACGAAUUACUUUACUGGAAUCCUGGAGUAUGCAGACAAAUUCCGCAAUCAUCAAACUUAAGAGAUGUCGAAUGGGCUUCACAUACCUGUGUAAUUUCAUUUGAAACGAUCGGAGUAUGGCCAGAAGGUGCGGAUGGUACGGAUGUUAACAAUUGUACUCGUAGCGGAGAAGGAAAAUUACUGGCAACUGGAGAUGACUUUGGUAAAGUCAGAUUGUUCUCAUACCCGGCAUGCCAACCAAAGUCACUUUCAUACACGUAUGGCGGACACUCAAGUCAUGUAACAAAUGUUACAUUCCUUCACGAUGACACACGUUUAGUAUCAAUAGGUGGGAACGACACGAGCGUUCUCCAGUGGAUUGUGAAUUAAUCAGCCGAUACAUAAUCACACAAGUCAAAAAUAUUUUUAAUCAACACACCUAAUGCACAAUCAAAAUAAACAAAGUCAGGAAUGUUUCGAAAGUUUAUUUUAUAUUGUAUAUAAUAUAUUAUUAUACAGUAAAUAUAAAAUAAAAAUACUAUUAUGAUACCGUCCAAGUAAUGUCAAUUUUAACUGAGCGUGCAAUUCAGACUUGUGUCCAGUUGUUUGUUUUUGUUAUU